ACCAGAGAUAUUCUAUCUAUUCGGCUUAGCAGCAGGACACACUGAAUAUUCUCUUAUUUCUGAUGAAGACCAUAUAUUCAUUCCCUUCUCAAUUUCAUAUAAAUUCUUUGGCCACACUUACAACAGCUUAUAUGUUCAUUAUAACGGACUCAUUACAUUCAACCAACCACAACCAGCAUCUGGACCAUACUACUAUGUCACGAGAGGAGCCGAAGAUUUCAUUGCUCCACUCUGGAGUGACCUUGAUGACAUGGGUUGGAUGGGCAAGUACUGGAUUCAGCAGUACACCAGUGGAAGUGUUCUCACUCGCGACACUCAGGAUAUCAACCAGUAUUUCCCUCAGAUGGACUUCAGUGCUUCUUGGGUCUUUGUUGCCACUUGGGACUUUUUUUUGCAAUGUAAAAAAAAACUGUUUCAUGUGUUUUCUUUUCAGGCAAUCACGUUUCAAGCGGUUUUAGUUUCAGGUGGCAAUCUUUCUUUCUUUCUGAUAAAUUAUGGUGACUGCGCUAUAAUUUCUGAUCAAGUGGAGGCUGGAUACGACACAAUAAACUCCAUAAACCACUUUGUAAUUCCUGGUUCAACUGAUGGCUACUCCAUCCCAAACCUGAAGUACACGAGUAAUGUAAAUGUUCCUGGUCGUUGGGCCUUCAUGGGUGGAUCAGAAAAUGUUGUAAGACUUCAAGUGAGACUUCAGUCAUUUUCAGACCUAACAAAGAAGGAAGACGUUGAGACUGUUUUGCAGCAAAUAAAACAACAGCUUGAGAAACAUGGACUGUCAAGAAGCGUCGUGCAGAAGAUCAGAAAAGUCAAGAAGACAUAGCCGUAACAUCAGCCUCAUGGAAGCAAAUUAAAACACCGAACAUUCCUGCUGUUGAGGAUGUUUUUGCCAUUGAUAAAGAGGAAUGUCACUUCACAAGAAGGAACCUUAGUAUUUUUUCCACUCUUCAGCUUUCUUAUAUACACACUAUAACACACAAUGAUGAACAAAAAAGAAUUACAUGAACCAUAUACAAUAUGUUCCAACUCUUUUCUAUGUUGAUUUAGUUUGAAAAAUCAUUGAUCCACUCUUUUUUCAUCACAAUUUGUAUUAUCAGAUCUCUUUAAGAGUCUCAGAGGUUUAAGUCUAAUCAAACUGAUCUGUAGUAUGCAAACAAUGAAAUUCAACACGAUCUUCCACUACUUACGUAAUAUGAUUAAUACUUGACCCAGUUGUGAAUGACCUCCUUUCACAUUUAAACACCCUGAAUAGAACUUUUAAAUAAAAACACAU